AUGGGAUCUGAUAUUUAAAGGAAUGCUUUACUUGAAAAAUUUUUUUUUUUGUACGAUAAUGAAUUCAGAGAGAUCUUUUCUUUAGUGCUAGCUUUAGUUCUAAUAUUUUUUUACAUAAUUUUUAUCCUUAAUUCAAACAAUUUAUACCCUAAAUAUAAUUAGAUUAAAAUUAAAAGGUUAAAAGAAAAAAGACUUGAGGUUUUUAAUAUAGGAGUUUCAUUUUGUUUCAUAGGCUCCUUGAUUUUUCUAGAAAGUUCAGAAAUCUUUUAGUUAGGAUUGAUUUCCUUAAUCAAUCUUUUGUAAUUAAAACUAGUUUACAACUAUCGAAAAUUAUCAGAUCAUAUGUUUUAUAAAUGGCAAUUUAAAGUUCUGUAUUCAUUUUUACAUUAAGCUCUUUUGUUUACAUAAAAGAAGCUGCUAAUUAUAUAAAUGAAGAAAUUAAAAUAAAAUGCGGUUGGUUCCAUAUAUUUCUACUUUCUUUUGAAGUAUUAAUUGAAAUAUCCUAAAUAAUUAUUGAGUAAAUUUAAUAUUACUUUGGGAUGUGUAAUAAAAAGAAACAGAAACCUAAUCAAUUAGAUUAAUUCAUAUUUAAUUAAUGAUACAAUUAUUUUAAAUUAAGAUUUAUAUGACUAAACUUUUUUCACAUUUACUUUAAAGCAUAAGAAAGAUGUUUCAACUCUAAAUUUCUUUAAUUAUAAUUCAGAUUUUGUGUCAGGGUCAUAGUCGGUGAUAAUUUGGCCACUUUCCCUAAUUUCAAAUCAAAAAUACAUAUAGAAAAUUUCAGGCCAUGCUAAAAUGAUCUAAUGCUUAGCUCUUCAUCCUAGUGAGUUUCUUAUUGUUAGUGGUCCAUCUGACACCACAAUACAAUUUUGGUUCAAUUAAGAACAACAGUUGAACAAUCAAACAAUAACUGAUCAUAAAGAUUCAGUAUUUGAUUGGCAAUAAAUAAAGAAGGAAAUAGAAAAGUGUCUUGUGGAAAGGAUAAAGUAAUUUUGAUAAUUUAAAACAGUAAUCGCCAUCAUCCCUUUUGGUAAGUUCGAUAAACUAUAACAUCUAAUGAAUAUAAUCAUUUAAUUUAGAAUCAUUUUCACUUCAAAAAAGUAAAAUCUCAAAAAAAAAAUAUAGAGUAUGAGCAGAUCAAACUCAUCAAAAGAAUCUUAAAACAAAUUUCCAUUCUAACUCUAUAACAUUAAGAUCAAUAAGAACCAAUAGUUUAUUAUAAAACUUGUAUCGGCCUUAUAGACCUUUAAUGA